AAUUACUCCCGAAUAAUACUAAUGUGUAAAUUGAUAUCUGUCCAUGUCGACAAGUCCCCCAAAACAGAUAGAAUUAUUCUUUAAUGAUUAAUCAGUGCAAAAUCCUACCUCGACCGCUUAUACCUGUGAAGAAACAGCCAUGGAUAGGCAAGACGACUCGCGAUUAGGAAGUGGAUUUUCGACAUCCGAUAAACGCCACCUUAAGUGCUGUGUUGAUGACAUUGCACUCAAACACACAUGCACGUGCAGAGGCUACGUGAAUAUAGGUGUUGUUGUUUGUGUUUUGCUGACACUGACGACGCUUGCCGCAUGUUGGUAUACAGUCGUGUGUUCACUGCAAGUCAAAGAACAGGUGCUUCAACUUCAGAGGUUGCAGACAUUUGUGCACAAUAGUGACACUGAAUUUGACGAUGACACUGGCGAGACCCUUCACUUUCUCCCUGGUCAGAGUUCGGGCGAGGAGGGGCGGGCUGUGCGCGUUGUCCCCGGAGCUCGGAGGGUGCGGCGUGAGGCUGACUCAGACAACAAGAAACCUAAAAAGAAGAAUAGAAAAAAUCAAAAUAGGAGAAAAGGAAGGAACGGCUCCAGAAAGGGUGGUGGCAAAUUUUGUAACAGAAUUGCAAAGUGCCAGGCUCCCUCCUCCUCCUCCUCCUCAAUGACAGCUCCGACUCCAGCAAAGCCCAAUUCUCUGCGAGCGUCACAUUUCACUGUGGACGGAUCCACCCUGUCAGGCCAGACCAUCGGGUCGCUACAUCCAGCACGCUGGGUCAAUGCGCAUGUCACGCCGGCGGCAAUGUCACGUGACAAUAGUGUGUCUGUUGUCGAGAGCGGCGUGUACCUCGUCUACACCAGUGUGCUGUUCAAUGACACCAAGUACCGCGAGGGGUUGCUGGUGACGAGGAAUGACGUGGAGCUGUUUAAGUGUUUCGAUGGCGUGGAUUACAUCGAUCACAGCAAGGAGAGGAAGCAGAACUUUAAGUUCAAAACAUGCAGUGUAUCAGGUAUUACGUAUCUCUCCAAGGGAGACGACCUGCGGAUGGUGAAUCUCUACCCAAACACCAACAUCGACAUCAACGAAGGGUCGACAUUCAUCGGCUUAGUGCAACUGAUACCCGCCAUAGACCCGAACUAAUUACCGACAGAUCUCUCAGGAGACAAACAACCAGAUUAUUUGUUUAAAACAUCAGCAUUUAAGAGUGAGUGACUGAGUUGGAUUUAACGCCGCUUUUAACAGUAUUCCUGUUACAUCACGGCGUGUCAGCUUAAUGUGGGAGGAAAGCCCGAAGUGAUGC